CGACCCGAUGAUGAUUGUUGUUCACGGAAAAUUAUGUAAAAUCACCAGCAGCAGCAGCAGCAGCAAAAGUGUCCGGCUGUUUUUCGCACCAAAACACCACGAAUUGGCCCCAAAAUUCGGUUCCGAAUGAGCCGUAAACCUGCGCGAGAUACAGGAAAAAUGUUGUAGUUUUCGCCAACAACUUGCACAACAAAACCAUAACAAAAACAUUGAAUUUGCGCUUCGACAGACGACGAUAAUAAAAUUGCGAUUUCUGGGACUAGAAACCCCGCGGGAUGCUCGUCAACUCUGUUUGCCAGCUGCCGGGAAGGCUGCUGCUCUCAGCCGGCAGCAAUGGGACACUGCUGCAGCGCAUUCCAUCUACGAUUGCGAGCCGGGUUUUGACCGGAACCGCCCGUCGUAGGUUGCUCUUCCGGUGUGCAUUUCUGAGUCCGGCCUGUCUGUACCAUCAGAACCGGGGUGGCGACGGGGGACACCGUCUGCUUGGCCCUCCGCCCAACGCGCCUUUCUACAAGUGCUUUUCCUCGUCGCUCAAGAAGGAAGACUUCCAGAUCAAAUCUGUCGAAGGAAGGGAGAUUUUGCACAAUGUCCUGGAGAAGAACAAACAGUUGCUGCAGGAGAAGAAAAAGGUGAUCAUCCAGGACAUCCGCGACCGCAAGGACAAGGUGAAGGAACGGGUGGAGGAGGUAAUCGAGAGGGAGAAUGUGGCCACGAUUCCGAACCUGCUGUGCGUCGGAAGGAUUGUGAUGUCCCCUUAUUUGGGGUACGUUAUUGUGCAAUCGGACUUCCGACUGGCCAUGGGAAUGCUGGUGGUGGCAGGACUGACCGACAUGGCGGAUGGUUUCAUCGCUCGCAACUGGCCCAGUCAGGCCAGUCGGCUGGGCUCGUUCCUGGAUCCGAUGGCGGACAAGAUUCUGGUCGGAUCGCUGGUGAUUUCCAUGAGCUACGCCGAACUGCUGCCACUGUGGCUGACCGGGAUGAUUCUGUUCCGGGAUGUGUUCCUGAUCGGAGCGGGAUUCGUGAUACGGUACAUCAGUCUACCUCAGCCGCGCACAUUGUCGCGUUACUUCGACGUGACGCACGCCACUGCCCAGCUCGCACCGACCUUUAUCAGUAAGGUCAACACUGCCGUCCAGUUGGUCGCCGUGGCCACCACCCUGGGGGCACCCAUCUGGAAUUACGUGGACCACCCGUAUCUGCACGCGCUGUGGUAUCUGACGGGAUUUACGACGGUGGCCGCCGCCAUGAGUUACAUCGUGAACAAGGACACGUACAAAAUCCUUAAGAACCAUAAGCAGCAACCGUGAAAACUUUCUUUAGUUGGUUAUUCUUUGUUUCCUUCGCGUACUUCAUACGUAUCUUCUUUGUGUAUAACUUUUCCUUAUCCUUAUUCGUUUGGAACUCCCUUCAAACAAAAUUGUAUAUAUCAUUGGAAUAAAAGUUUUUACGAACGGUUGUUUAACUUC